UAGAAAUGGGCCAUAUACCGCUCGCUUACACCAAGAAAAAAGGGGGAAAAUUCAAUCUCCGACUUAGCAAUGGAGUCCGAUCCUAUGGAAGUAGCAAAUCCUCCGUCGCCGCCCACAAAUGUGUACAAGGAUCCAGAUGAUGGCCGCCAGCGCUUCUUGCUUGAGCUCGAAUUUGUCCAGUGCCUUGCAAAUCCUACCUAUAUACAUUAUUUAGCUCAAAACAGGUACUUUGAAGAUGAGGCAUUUAUCGGAUACCUGAAAUAUCUUCAAUAUUGGCAAAGGCCCGAGUACUUAAAGUUUAUUAUGUAUCCCCAUUGCCUCUUCUUUCUCGAGCUUCUGCAGAAUGCCAACUUCAGAAAUGCAAUGGCACAUCCUGCAAACAAGGAGUUGGCACACAGACAACAGUUUUAUUUCUGGAAGAACUACAGAAACAACCGGUUGAAGCACAUUCAACCGAAGUCACUUCCAGCAUCUUCCGUCAGUGUAGCCCCGGCUUCUACAGCCCCUCCGGCAUUGCCACCGACUACCAUCCCAGCUUCUGCUUCCAGCAUCCCUCCGGCCCCUCCUCAGGCUCCAUCGCCGAUGCAGUAUGGUUCCACUUUUGUCAAAAACGACCUGAGAAGUAGCGGGGUCGAGAAAAGGAAAAGGAAGUAACUUAUUCUGUUUGGGGAUAUCAAUAGUUAGACUGUAAACUCAAACAUUCUUUAGGGAUUAAAAUGUAGUGUAAGAAUCUGAAUUUGAAUCCAGACAGCGAAGUUCACAUCAGCGGUUUUAUAUU